AUGUCUAACAUGACAAGUAAUCGUCAGAUCUCAGCCACCAUGUUUGGUUAUGUAUGUGAUAACUACAACCAACAACCAAUGGUACGAGAGCUGACUACUCCUAGGAUUCGAAGUGAUAAUGAGGUUUUGGUUAAGGUUAAGGUGAGUAAAGUACUAAACUACUAAUUAUUUUCUAAUUUCUUUACUUUUCAAGAUAUUUACAUUAUUAUGUUGUUCAGAAAAUUAUGUGCCUCAUUUCAAACCAAAUUUUCGGGGUUAGGAGCUUUGAAUUAUUUGAACAGAUACGAAGUAUUUAAUUAGUAAAGCCUCUUCGUCAAUAUAUUUUGGUGUGUUUACUUAUUACUUUAACAUUUACCAUAAGGUGUUUUUAACUGCCAUACUGCCAUAACAAGCCUUUACAUUGCACGCCGAAAAGCAUGUCGAACAUGGCAAGUAAUCGCCAGAUCGCGGCCACCAUGUUUGGCUAUGUCUGUGAUGACUACAAGCAACAACCAAUGGUACGAGAGCUGACUACUCCUAGGAUUCGAAGUGAUAAUGAAGUUUUGAUUAAGGUUAAGGUGGGUAAAGUACCAAAGUACAAACCAUUUUCUAACUUUUUAAGGGAUUUAUUAUAUUAGGUUGUUCAAAUAAUUAUGUGCCCUUUUUCAAGACAAAUUUUUGUGGGUAGGAACACAGAAUUGUUAGAACAACCUAAUACGGACGUUUUAAUUAUAAAAAACUCAUCAUUAAUAUAUUUGGUGUUUUAUUAAUAUAAUUUUACGUUUACUAUAAGAUUGAUUGCCAUAACAAGACUUUACAUUACAGGCAUCUAGUGUAAAUCCAAUAGAUAUUCGUACGUCCGAAGGAUACGUACAUCAGUUAAUGACAGCUGUAAACAAUUUACAGGAACGUCGAUUAACUGGCAGCAGCCGGCUUCCAACGACUCUCGGCCGCGAUUUUAGUGGGGUAGUCGCUGAAUUGGGUAACAUUAAAAAAGCCAGUAUGUCAAUUUUGAUAGUUUAUGACAUUGUAAAACGGUGUUGAUUGUCAUAACAAGACUUUACAUUAGAGGCAUCUUAUCUAAUAGACGUCCGAAUGUCCGAAAUACGCACAUCAGACAUUGACUCAAUUUAAAAGAGCGUCGACUAACCGGUGACAACCGACUGCCAAAAACUUUUGACCGCGAUUAGUGAUGAAGUUAUUGGAGUUGUGCUACCAGCCACGCCUGGUGCUCAUUCCGAGUACGUCAUAACGAACACGGACUACACUAUACCGAAGCCAAAGACUGUAGAUCAUGUAAAUGCGGCUGCGAUGAUCUACACGACUGCUACAGCUUGGUCUGCUUUGACUACUGUAAGAUGAUCAAAUAACAUUGUGCUAGGAAUACGGCUACUCCUACUGGUCAUCAAUAAUGCUCUAUUUUUAGUUUGGUCGUCUAAAUGCAACAAACGCCCGAACUCAACGAGUACUUAUUCACGGUGGCUCCGGAGGCGUGGGAUCAUCCGCGAUUCUGGAUGAUUUUAAAAUUUUACUAUCGACUUUUUCAGGCUGAUUUAGAAUGUCUCGACUAUGUCUUGACUUUCGGAGCCAAGAUCUUGGACAACGAAUCAGCUUCUUUGGAAGAACUUGAAGUAGCCGAGCUCGCUACCUUGAACUGCAACGCCCGAUUGCUCGGAGGUAAAUUUUGA